CUCGACUCUUCAUUUAGAAGGAAACCGUGCAAAGAGGAAUGUGGUGAAGGUGAUGUUAGUAGAAGUAAAAGAAAGUAAAAGAAAAAGAAGUAAUUCAUAUCUGAGCCAAUCCCAAGAAGGUUCUAAAGAGAACUGACCGUACAAGAUUUGCACAAAGACGAAAUCAUCGACGCUCAAAAGCGUCUCAAUUGGGAGCACUAGUUUCUUGCCACCCUACCUGAAUAUGGCAUCUAAUGUGGUUUUAUCCGAGGCCAAUGGGACCAACCACUCCUUCGAGAUGGCUGAUCCCAAAUUGUUUUACUCCUCUCUGUUGGGCAUGCACUUGGCGCUUCCCCAAUGGGAGGCCUUGUUCGCUAUUAUAUCCACCACCAUCAUCAUUUUGGGCACGAUCGUGGGGAACGUGUUGGUCAUCAUCUCGGUGUUUACUCACACGCCGCUCAAGAUCACGCCCAACUUCUUUAUUGUCUCAUUGGCUGCGGCAGAUUUGACCGUGUCCACGUGCGUUCUGCCUUUGAACGUCGCUUACAUGGUUGUGGGGAAAUGGAUUUUUGGUAGCGUGCUCUGCAAGAUUUGGCUCACUUCCGAUGUUCUGUGUUGUACAGCUUCCAUUUUGAAUCUGUGCGCCAUUGCUCUGGAUCGUUACUACGCUUUACACGACCCUAUCAAACACGCUCAAAGACGAUCCGUACGUUAUGUCUUGGCCAAGGUCUUGGUGGUGUGGAUCAUGAGCAUUGCCAUCUGUUUUCCACCGCUCUUUGGCUGGAAUGAUUGGCCGGACACAUUCACUCCGGAGACGCCCUGUCGACUGACCGAGGAGAAAGGCUACGUGAUCUAUUCCUCGAUGGGCUCAUUCUACAUUCCCCUAGGCAUUAUCAUGUUUGUGUAUCUGAAGAUCUAUCAGAACACCAGCCAACGGCUACGCUCCCGUGCCAAGGCUUCCAAUUUGACCACUUCCGCUUUACAACACCGCCAGCAAUCCAGAGACAAUCUGCUCACGGGCAUCGAAGGGCGAUACGGAGGCUCCAAGGCCACCUUGAAAGUGACCCUGCAAGAGCAAAUGGAGAUCGUCAAUGGCCAACCCGUUCACUCGGAGGUGGCAGUGGGUGCCACAAGAGUGUCAGGGGACUCAAAAACUAGAUCCACGCAGAAAACGGCCAUCGUGUCGACACAUAUUUUGCCCAGAGAUGCCCAAAUUCAAAAUCACAGUUUGACUGAGGGAAGGAGGCCCAAGUCUGAAUACGUGCGCCCAGGAAAGGGCAUGAAAAGACAUCAUGGUUCAGUUCAACCCCAUAUGGAGGCUUUCACUCACGUGCGCCACAAUGCAACCGAGUCAGCCAACCCCGAAUUGAUUCUCACGGACCCUUCUAGCACGCACCAGCAAGCGAGAUGUGAUCGAAGCACUCAAGUGACCAAGAAGAAUUUUACCGAGGGUCAGACCAUGAAUGUCACCGACACCAACACUUCUGCCAACACAACUACUGCCACCACCAUCACCACCAUUCACAACCACGAGGACACUCUCCUCACGAAAACAGGAGCUGGUACUGCUUCCAGUCCCUUGGGUGCCGCUGCAGCCACCCCCAGUGGCAAUAGCUCCCUCUACAAGUUCAUUAAUGAAAAGGCCAAGAUCUCGUUGGCCAAGGAACGGAAGGCAGCUCGCACUAUGACCAUCAUCGUGACCACCUUUGUGGUCUGCUGGCUGCCUUUCUUUCUCAUGUAUGUGAUUGUUCCGUUCUGUUCAAUGUGCUCGACGCCAUCUCCAAAGGUUGUUCAAAUUAUAACGUGGCUGGGUUACGUGAACUCGACAUUGAAUCCCAUUAUAUAUACCAUCUUCAAUACUGAUUUUCGGAUCGCUUUUAGCCGGAUUGUGACGGGCAAAGCGUUUGGAAUGUGAUGCAACAUUCCAAUGCUAAAGGCAAUUUGCUCGCCAUCCUAAAAGACUUAUUUACCAUGUGCCAGCAACUCUUUUCGGGAUAAUGGUAAUGGAACAAGCAUCAGCUUGUGGACAGUAGAAUAAAGCACUUUCCGAAGACAAAUGUUAGUUGUAGUUUUCUUGAUAUCAUUCUUAAAAUAGAGUCCGAAAUUUGUUUUAGAGCUGGGUGUUUGUUCCAAGGCGAAAACGACCAAAAAACCUCACUACUAGGC